AUGUGUACUGUAGAAAAGAAGACUAUUUUCGUUACAUGUGGCGCGACGAUACCGUUUCCAAAGCUCGUUUCGUGUGUGUUGAGCAAAGGAUUCUGCCAAGAAUUGAUUCAGUAUGGGUUUGCGCGUCUUAUCAUUCAGUAUGGGAAAAACUACGGUGCUGAAUUUGAGCAUCUAGUGCAAGAACAUGGAGGCGAAAGAGACAGUAAGAAUAUUCCCAUUGAGGAAUUUGGCUGUGGUAACACGCCGCAGCGAUAUGCCUUGAUAGACGGGAAAUUAGAAGUGAUUGGGUUCGACUUCUCAACCAAAGUGCAAAGCAUCAUAAGAGAUUUAUCAGACUUGGUCAUAUCACAUGCCGGAACGGGGUCGAUACUGGAUUCUCUUCGGUUGAACAAGCCGUUGUUAAUUUGCGUUAACGAUUCUUUGAUGGAUAACCACCAGCAGCAGAUUGCGGAUAAGUUUGUGGAAUUGGGCUAUGUAUGGUCUUGUGCACCCACAGAAUCAGGCUUGAUAGCCGGUUUACGCGCAUCUCAAACGGAGAAACUCGAACCUUUCCCCGUUUCCCAUAAUUCGUCGUUCGAACGACUCUUAAGUGACAUAAUAUAUACUUAG